AUGGGAAAUGGCAUUGAAAAUAAUCUUUGCAACAAUUCCUACAAAGAAGGAAUGGGCGUAACACCUAACGGAAAAAUCAGAGCUUACGCGGUAUAUGCCGUCAUACUUAUAAUGCUCAGAUCAUUCGCAGUCGCUCUCUUUUCUGCAAAAGUCAACUCAGAAUCUUUGGUUGCGGCUCCAACACUGUACAGUGUACCAUCACCAACAUAUUGUGAUGAGGUUCAAAGGUUCAUUGAACAAAUACGCGGCAAUACCGUGGCCCUGACUGGUCUCAAUUUCUUCUAUGUAACUAAAGAACUCAUUUUAUCCGUUGUUGGAACUAUUGUGACUUACGAACUUGUUUUAUUGCAGUUCGGGAAAGUUUAA